GUGUUCUCCAUGCUUGGACAAGUGGUCCAUUGCUCCUAGCAAUGUGUCAGGACCAGGAGCUCACUGGCUGGUGCUGCGAGAGGGAAGAUACCAUAAGAGGCAGAUGGCACAGCAGCAUUUUAGGUGACAAGGAUAGCAGAAUAAAAUAUUUACAAUGCAUCCACAGCAAGAGGGAUUUCACACAGAAUGGAGAGCAGAGUAUGAGUUGCCUGGAUUUGGUGAGUCUGCAAACAUAGACAUUCAGCAUCAUGUCUGAGUUUACUCCUGCAUCUCUUUGGUAGUUUAAUGUGCAUCAAAUUGUCUUUAUCUGCAAAGCUUGUUAUGAGUUACAGGUGAUUUAAAUGUGUUUUUUUAUUGCCAACAAAAACAGGAAUCCUACACAUGUCAGUGGAGAAGUUAAUAUCAAUGCAAUUUGUAUUCAUUAAUGAUGUGCAGUUGUGCACUUUAUCCUCUGCUCGCAGAGCAUCAUGGGAAACGUGGUCCAAAACCAGCUGGAGUGCCAAAGGGUAGGCACCACUGCUUUCUUGUUACCAGAGGUUUAGUGGUUCCUCUUUAGUAAGCAGUGUAGAUGGGUGUGCCCUUAUCUCAGUAUUCUCUACAGUGGUAAGUAGACACAAGUAUAUCUUUACUUAUAUAUAUAUAUAUAUUUUGUCUGUGUGACUGUUUUUUAGUAGCAGAUGCUUCCUUUAAACUAAAGAUAUGGUUUUGAAAGCACCACAAGACAUGAAUAGUUUUGUUGUGUGUUUUUUUUUUCUUUUUAGCAAUCUUAGUGUGACAGCCAUAACCAUCACAAAAUGAUAAGGGGAAGAACACAGGGAGAGAAUGACUGAAGCUGAACUGAACAAGCCUUCUGAAAGAGACAGAGUAUAAUGGAGCAAUGGAGAGAGAAGAAAGGGAGGGAUUGUUAGAGAAAGAAUAAAAGGGGCACUCUGAAAAAAAUGGGAGGUAUAAGCAGAGGAGGGGAAAGAGGGAGAUUGCAAGAGGAACACUGGUUGUUGUUUAGAUGCCUACAGAUUUUGCAUGAAACCAGUUAAAAGACAAACUAAAAAGGCACAGAGAGGAUAUGAAACAUCUUAGAGUUAAAUGUUUCCUAAACAUGCCAUCAAUCCCUUUUCCCAAACACUCCUCUCCCCAGCACAUAGGGUUAAACAGAACUACUAUUGCAACGUGACUUAAAAGACAGACAGUCCAUCCAAUGGCAUGCAAAGGCUUGUAGAAGAGAUUUUAGACACUGGAAUUUGCUAUUGCUCUGCAUUGGAUCCUCAUCUGUGACUCAACAGUGUUAAAGAGACCUGAUCAUUUGUCACUUGGUGUCUGUAUUGGUGAUUUAGCAUCUACCAGGACUGGGAUCACCAGUAAUUUUAUGCAGUUUCAGUAAGUGAAGUUUUCUCUUAUUGUGCAUUUUUGUGUGUUUUACCUGAAUGUAUUUAGAACACUUAGAGUGUGUUACAUUGAGAAUGUUUCUAGGGAAGCUCAGGAAUUAGCAGCAAGUGGCUUUUGUGUGCCCCCUAAUAGAUUCAGUUAAUAUAGAAGUCAUAUUUUAUCAGUUUGUUUAAAUGUUGUUGAUUCAGAGGUAUGUUGUGAGAUGCUUAGCAGUCUCAUGAGUGGAUCAGAGCAAACAUGGGGUUUCUGACUAGACUUUAGGGUGUUGGUUUGGAUUCCAAACUUGAAGUCCUGAGCUUAAACUGUUUCAUUUCUUUUGAAUCUGACUGAAAUAUCUUAAACAUCAUCAGUUGUCUUGCAACUCCCCAAAAUGUGUUGGAAAUAUGCUUGGUGAACCUCAAAGUUUCAUAAGCAUCAUUUGAUUUUGAGAAACAUUACUCAAGCCUCAAUUAAACGCUUCAGAAAGGGCUUUCAAAGCAUCCUCAGAAUAUAUAAGCUGCAUCUGGUUCUCUUGUUAUCAAUGUGUUUUCUUGUUUGUAUCUCCAGUCUGUUCUUUCACAUUAUGAGACUCCCCCCUCCCCAACUGCUCUUCAGGGUCUUUUAUUUUGUUUCCCUUUUUUGUGUAAACUGUAUUUUGCACGGAAGUUCUCGGACUUCAGCCAUCUUUUAGAGCAAGUGGAGAUAGAAUAUUAAUAGAAUGGUGUAGAUUCAGUUUAUUGCAACAUUAUUCACUGUUACUAAAGCCUUGUACUCUGUAAGCUAAGCAGGGUGUGUCCAUCAUACUGCAGUCCUACUUGCAACAAGUUUACACACAGGAACCAAGUGCAACGAACUUGUCGUUUCAGCAACUUAUUGAUAGUCAGAAAUUAUAAAAUAGAAUGUAACGGGGACAUUCCCUCUAUGAAUAAACAUCCGGCUCUGUGUGCAACAAGCAAUCACAGACGUUCCACAUGAGAACUCAGGGGAUAUAAAUAGUGGCAUCAAAUAGUGUAUUUAUUGAGAAAAUAAAACCCACCAAAGUGGGCAGAAAACCUCUGCUUUUGGGUUAUGAAAGUUACAAAAUGUAAUUGAUUUGAACGUAUUGCAGGAAGUCCAAAGUAUGUAAGCUCAGUUUCGGUAGUGCCAGUGAAAUCUGCUGCAUUUGUAAGACAAAUUAUGAAUAUGUCUUGUUAAGUGUGAAUUUCUGUUAGUUACUAAGCUUUCAUUACAAUUAAUUGGGCAUCUGUAAUAUUUGAGGGCUGCCACCAGCCAGAUGUUUCUAGUGGGGACUUGAUAUGACUUGGUUGCCAAAAAAAAAAAAUAGAGUGUUCUCCCUUGUUUUCCAUUUCUGGCAAUUUGUACUUACAAUUGAAUCUGGAAACUGAAGCUUUAAUGGAUUCUUUCUACUGUAGUACAAAGGUAAUGCAAUUCUCUUCCUUACCCCCACCCUUCAGCCCCUGUAGUGAAAGACACAGGUAUUAACUCUUUACAGACCAACUCACCUGUUUUGUUAAUCACUUUGUUUUGAAAUCUAGUUUGUUUUGAAAAUCUAAUCUUGUAAUUAUAAUGUAAUGUAUUAUACUAUGUAUUUUUACAUUUUCAAAAUUCUUGUUAAAAAAUCAAUGUCAUCCUCACGCCCGUAAAACACUUGUUUUACCUAUACCUCUACCCCCUGGGUGUGUCUCUGGCACAGGAUGGUAAGCUAUUCCUUCCACCUUGUUUAAUAAACAGAUAUUAAUUUACUCUCAUAAUACAAAACUGGGGCUUAUUCUUCAAAGCAACAUAUCACAGUAUGAGUCAUUGUAGUUAUCACACUGACUAGCUCGGAAUUCACAGUGAUUUAAAGGCCACGGCAUUUAUUUUAUUUUAGUUCUUUUUCAGUACGUAGCUCGGAGAAAGAAGACAUCAGUUAUGAGAAGAGACAGAGAAAGAGGCAAAGAUGGCGAAAAGUAGAGAUUAUGUUUUUUAAAAAACUGUAUUAUUAAUUAAAUAUUAACAAUAAAUAGUAAUUAUAGAUAUUUCAGUAACCUUCUGAUUAUGUUUAUACACUAAACAAUGACACUAUUUUGACAUAAAUUGUCCAAAUUGUUUUUAGUUCAACACAAGUCAGGACUGAGUGAAUAAAGCCCCAUUAUGAUACAAUGUCAGCCUAGAUCUCUUCCAGAUACCAGAAGAGACAGUUCCAUUUAUGGGAAACCUGUUGGCUCAUUUCUUUUCCUCUUCCACUUGAUACACUGUGGCUACAGGACAUCAGCUUGAUCAGAUCAUGCCUUUUUCCAAAAUGAGCAGUGACCAAAAGCCCCUUUGAUCUGGAUAAAUUUCAUGUUCUGGCACGCAGUGGAUAUGUCUGGAGGCUAAGCUGUGCGUGUUUAUGCUAGUACUGAGCCAUUACAGCAUUAAUGCAUUGUGCUAGUAUACAUUCUUACCUUUUUGCUAUUUCUUGUAUAAGAUAGAAACUGAUGGAAGAUGGAAGAGAAUUCCUGAGAAGUAAUAUGAGCUCAAAGGUAAUGGUCCAAAAAAAUAGGACAUGCUAUAAACCUUCUGAUUGGUACUUAUUUAUAUACCACAGUAGGAUGGAAUGUUCAGAAAAUGAUCUUAUGAGGUUUGAGCAAUCUCUGCUGCUGGUGAAGUAGCCAACUGAACUGGUGUACAUGAUCACACAGUUGGCACCUUAGAGAAUCACGAACAAUAAAGUAAUUCUGUUUGCAAGAGAAAUAAAUACAAGGGAUAGCAGGCAUGUUGUUACAAGAAAGGGUGAACUAACGUGGGUGGAAGAUGCAAUGCACCCAAACAUCUUACCCUUUGAGAUGAAUUUGCUUUAGUAGUGGUCUUAUUGUUUUCAACUCAGCUAAUUUAGCCAGCUACGAUAACACCAUCCCCCAAUUCGUAUUUAGAGACAUCAAUUUAUUACAUCAGUAUUCCCCAUGUCUUAGCCACACUUUAUAAAUAAAUAUAGAGUUAAAUUAGAGAUAUUUCAUAAUUUUGAGCUUGCAUCAAUGUUAUCUAACGAGGAUGUUGUAUGAAAAAAAUGGUACUCCAAAUUUGGCAGGCUUUAGCCUAGCGCUUAUAUCAAGCAUGUAAAACUUGCGGCCUGUGGGCCACCUGCGGCCCACAAUGAAUAUCUUUGCGGCCCAGCGAGCCGUGAGUAGAUGCUUACUGUUAAAGAAGAGUUGGCACCUGCUCUCCCCGCAUUGCAGGUGCCUACUCUGCUAAAAUUUACCUGGCCGGGUGGAGAGGAAGCAUGAAGCUGCAGUCUGUUCUUUCUGCUACUCACUGCUCAUGUGCCCUCUGUAGUGAUGCCGUGUGCUGGAAUAUGACGACAUUCUGUCCAGGCAUCACUAAACCGUGCAUGAGGAGCAGGAAGGGAGACCUCCAGAGAGAAGAUCCCCAAAGACCCCAGGGAUUGGCCCAACACCAGGUAACGAUCAGCAAUAAAUAAAAUUAUUUGUGAGUGUGUGCAAGAGUGUGUAAAUGUGUGUGUGUGUGUCUGUAUGUAUGUGUGUGUGUUUCUGUCAGUGAGUGUGUGUCUGUCAGUGAGUGUGUGUGUCUGUCAGUGAGUGUGUGCCUGUCAGUGAGUGUGUCUCAGUGUGUGUGUGUGUGUGUGUCUGUCAGUGAGUGUGUGUGGGUCAGUGUUGUGAUGGCUGUGGCUGGAUGGUGGAGGACCUGGAGGUGCAUGGAGGCACACAACGCCAUGUCACAUUCCAGCGUGAUGUUGAUGUGCUCCACCUUCACAGGGUUUUAAGGAGUGUCAAAAAAAUCCGCUUUGGCACAGGGUGUGGACAGCGCCAUUGGGGAUAUAACAGAGGCCGGAAUCUGGAGUCGUAUACUGGCAGUGGCAAUGUACGUGGAGUCUGCUUGUUGGCUAAUAUUGUUUUUUUUUUUUUUUAAACAGGGGCAGGGUUUUAGUAGAGGGGGUACUGGGAUUUAGUACAGAGGGGGACAGGGCUUUAGUAUAGCAGGAGGACUGGUAUUUAGUAGAGGGGGACUGGUAUUUAGAAGAGGGGGGAACUGGAAUUAAGUAGAGGGGGGGCUGGGAUUUAGUAGAAUGGAGCUGGGAUUUAGUGGGGGGACUGGGGUUUAGAAGAAGGGGGCUGGGGUUUAGUAGAGGGGGGGAUUUACUAGAGGAGGGUGCUGUUUUUUUUUUAUACUGUGCUUUUCAAAAUAAACCUAUGUUUCUAUGAAAAUUUACGUUUUUGUUUUUUUUGCGGUCCACAUAAACUUAAAUCUUGUUUAUUUAAUCCAUGCUAGCCUUUGAGUUUGACAUGCUUGGCUUAUACGAACUGUGUUUCGAAGCCUAACCUGCAUUUUAACCCUAAUACUAAAUAUAGCCCUAAUUCUACUAUCCUUAAGCUGACGCCUAACACCUAACCCUGCUUUACAACACAUACAUACAAAUAACUUAUACAAUGUAUAAAAUGAUGUUUAACAUCCUUAAAAAGUGCAUUUAUUAAUCAUUAAAUAAGUCAAAUGGAUACCUGUAUCUGUAUGGGCAGUACCUUGGUAGUAACCCAUGCCAUUCCAGGUACCAUAACCACUACGGUGGGCUGUAGUAAUUAUGGUGCUUGGGGUGUUAUUUAAACAGGCAUAAAAAGUGAAGAGGACCCUGCUCAAUAAGGUUAUAAUAUAAGACAGAAGCUAGUUCAGAACAGGACCAUCAAAAUUCUUACCUUUAUGGUAAUGCUCCUAUUUUCUUUUUGUAGGAUAUUACAUAUUCUGUUUUAAUGCAUAUUUAUUAGACUUUUUAUACCAUUCUGCUGGUAUACAUUUUUUAUUGCAAGACAUUGCAUUUUUUUAGUCUCUCGUUUUCCAUUUUCCUUUAUGGUGUCAUAUUUAAAAAAAAAUACGCAUAGGAAAGGAUUUUUGUUUCUUACCUCUUAGGAAGUUGUGGUUGUUAAUGUGGAAAAUAUUAAUGUCUGACAGAGCCUCGCUAAGGAUUUUGUGGAUGAAGUAUGUCAGGUGUGGCAUCUCAAAUAAUAUUCAGUACAAUAACAGAUGACAUUUCUUUUAUUAUAGAAUCUGCAGUUAAAGAGAAACAAUGUGUUUAAAAAAGAUUGCCUAUUAAUUUAAUGUAUUGUAUAGAUAAUGCAUCAAAAUAAUGCAAUCAAAUAAGAGAUACUCAGAUAAUCUAACUGCAGCUUUAGGCAGAUCCCUUGCAUUCCAGGAAGAGGUCCAGUCAGGAUCUUCUCAUUCUAGUCUAUAGGUUUUGAUCUUAUCUCAUAAACCCAUGUCCAGCAAGUGUUUAAGAUAAAUAGAUUAACUUUUAGCUGGAGUUUCACUUAUUGGUUGGAAUUGCAUUAAAAAACUGAUGGAGUUAUGGUAAGUGUAAAAGGGGGUUUAAUUAUUUCAUGUGCAGAGGUGGUAGGGACGUAUUCAAUUAGGGACAGAGCAACUAUUAUGUUAGGAAUGCAAGUUUGUAUUCCUAAGCUACAGUGUUCAUUUAACACAGGAACACACUCAUUUAUAAAAAUAUAAUCUUUAUUAUAAAUCCAAAAAUACAAAUAUUCUCACAUGUAUUAAAAAACAUAUCACAGGUUAAAAGAAUAUACAAAUGUUACAUGUAUAAUUAAAUGCCCAAACAUCUAUUAAGUACAUUAGAUCCAUCAGUCCUGAAUUGUAUAGAAAAUGAGCAUUAAUAUAAUGGAUUACAUACCAGUCAACCACGAUACAAUGAGAGGAAAAUAAAACUGACAGCAAAACAAAAAAAUACCCCUAACAUUUCAACCCAAAGCCUUUUUCAAGGGAAGAACAACUUAAAGGGACACUCCAGACACCAAAACAACUUCAUAUAAAUUAAGUUGUUAUGGUGCCAGGAGGCCCCUAUUACCUCCAGGGCUUAAACUGUUCUUGAACGGUUUAACCCCUGUGUUGCCGCCAGCUGCAAUGUCAACUCCCCCCCAGACAGCAUCUGACUUCUGAAAUCUCAGUUUCAGGAAGCAUGGAGUGCCACCAGGUAGGGGUGUCGCUGAUUGGCAAGGAGCGGUCAGCUGACAAUGUCAGCCAACCAGUGGCUCACCAUUCACAAAACCGGCUUGGAAAGAUAUGUACCUUUUCCAAGCCAGUUUUGUGAAUAUGAAGUCACUGAUUAGCUGAGAGCGUUAGCUGGCGGCUCUCAGCCAUUCAGCAGCAUCCCUGAUCGGCAUCACUCCACGGUUCCUGAAACUGAGAUUUCAGAAGCCAGAUGCCACCUGGGGGCAGUUUAAAUCACUGCUGGAGGCAACUCAGGAGUUUAAACCAUUCGAGAACGCUUUAACCCUUUGAGAUGAGCAUGCCGCAUGGGAGCUCCUGGCACAAAAACAACUUUGGUGCCUGGAGUGUCCCUUUAAACAAAGUCUGAUUCACAGUUUGGUUAUGAGCCCCUCUCAGAGCUUAUAGUGGGUGUAGCACAGUUAAAAUAUAUUUUUGCUCAUAAAAUUAUUCAGUUGUGCCAUCUAAAAUAUUUUUAGUACUGAUGAAAAUGAUAUACAGUUGUAUAUAUAUGUAAACAGGAAACUGUUAUAAGUCAGUUUACUGCUUAAUAAAUAACAGAUUUCGAUAAGAAACAGGAAGUGGUUUUGUACCAGCAUUAGUGAGGGAUAAAUUAACAAAUGCACAUUUAAAUAUCACGUUUUGUUACUCAGUUCUGUAAUACUGUGGUUUAAUAGUGUACUGAUUUAAAGGAAUACUAUAUUUGCAAAGAUCACUUCAAUAGAGUGGUGUGGAUGCAGUUUCCCUGUCUUCUUAGUUUUUGAGAAACUGCAAUGUUUACAGGGUUAAGUCCACUUUUAGGCACGGCUAAACGUUUUUCAGCAUUUUGCAUUUACUUAAAGGAACACUAUAAGGUCAGGAACACAAAAAUGUAUUCCUGGCCCUACAGUGUUAAAACCACCAUCUAGCCCCCCUGGUUCCCCUUGUCUUCUUAAAUAUAGUAAAAUCUUAUUUGUUUUCAUGUCUACAGGGCUGCCUCUGCCCCUGAUAUGUCUGCUUUCAGCUGACAUCAUCAGAAGUGAUUCUGUGAGUCAAUCACAAUGCUUUCCCAUAGAAUUGACUGAGACUGAAGAAUAGAAGGCAGAUCAGGGGCAGAGCCAGCACAAGUCAAAUACAGCUCUGGCCAAUCAGCAUCUCCUCGUAGAGAUAAACUGAAUCAAUGCAUCUCUAUGAGGAAAGUUCAGUGUCUGCAUGCAGAUGGUGGAGGCACUGAAUGGCAGCACUGCACAGUGUGUAGCACUGUCCCAGGAAGCAACUUUAGCAGCCAUCUGAGGAGUAGUCAGUGGAGUUAUCCCUAUGCUGCAAUGUAAACACUGCCAUUCUCUAAAAAAAACAGUGUUUACUACAAAAAGCCUGAAGGGAAUGAUUCUACUCACCAGAACAAAUACAAUAAGCUGUAGUUGUUCUGGUGAAUAUAGUGUCUCUUUAACUGCACCGCUUUUUACUAUUAUAUGCAUUGUUUGUUGUUUUUAUUGAUGUUAUGAGUUAAAUAAAAUUAUUGGUUAAAGUAUAUUUUUGGCAAGUGAUUCCAGAAGUCAGGCCCCCAAUAUUCCUCCUUGAAGAGUCCAUGCCUUCUCUGUGAUAUCACAGGUGGCAAAGUGGUAAGCAAUGCUGAAGGAGCCUUGGCACAGUAAAAAGGCAAUUAAAACUUUAUUUUUUUUUUCUAAUUUUUAUUGAAAGAAAGGGGACACACACACCUAUGUAGAGAUAGGGAGAGGGACCCUAUACCGUUAGGAAUACAGGUUUGUAUUCCUAGCGCUAUUGUGCACCUUUAAAGGGUUACUUCAACCCUUUUUUGCAAUGAUUUUACUUUGUCUAUAUGCUUUAAAAUUGGGCCUGGACUUAACAAAAUAUGCACUAUUUAAAUAGUUAAGAAAAUUUGGUGCUUAGAGAUUUAAUUAUGAAUAAAAUAAAUAAAUAAAAAAGCCUAUGGUAGUCAUUAAGACCCCAAUAUUAUUAUUGCUGCCCAAUCACUAGAAAGGCCAAUCCUGUAAAAAACAAAUGGGGGUGGGGCAUAGUCCCUCCCAUGCCACCACCCAUAAGCUUCUGGUGGAGUACUUUAAAUUAAAUAAUGGGGCUUGACAGAUCAGUGUCCACCCUCUUCCCCCAACCAUAUUGCUAAAAUAUGAUUUUCUUCUCAAAAUAAAUCCUCCCUCACUUCUCCUCCCACUCUUUCCCUGCCUCCCCUUGCCAGCUGAAGUACACACAUGCUCUAUGAGCCGGGAAAAUCAGUCUAAUCACAGCCUUCUGUAUGAGAAGCUUGUGAUUGGACCUGGUUCAGCUGCAUACAUGUCACAAAGAGACUUGGAAAGCGGCACCGGGAGCUUUGGAGUAAUUUUGGAAUAACCCUUGAAGUGAAUAUGAGAAUUAGCAUUCUAGUUGGAGUUUGGUCAUUUCCAUUGGAUUAAGUCCAUUUGGACAAAAGCCAGUGUUUUGUUGUAAAACUAACUUCGAAUACAGCGCCGGACUAAAUUCUCCUCAAUUUUAUAACAUGACAGGAGGCUUCAUAUUUGCUUAAGUCUCUCUUUACUAGAACUCCACAGCAGCAAAAAAACACAGAGAGUAAACAACCAAUCAGAAAACAGUAAGAAGACCAUAUAACUCCCUUCUCAACAUUCCAUUUCCUCUUUCUUUGCUGCUCAGCAUCAGUUCAGGUCAGAGUACCACUGCCUCCUGCUAAUAUUAGUUGGUGGCUUUGGGAUUUUAAUAUAUCUCUGUAUAUUUUUUUUUAUAUUAUUUUCUUUUCUUUUAUUAUUUAUUUGGGGACUGUUUUGUUUUGUAGUGUAGGCUAUCUGCCUUUCUCUUUCCCUCUGAGAUAGGGGGGAGUUUCUCCCCUUUACUAUUUUCACUUCUGGGGCUCUGUCCCCUCUCAUUUUUCACCUGGUUUUUCCGUGCUGACGGGUUUUGUUCUGGUGGGGGGUUUCUGUAGGCCGGCCUUUUGCUGCCUCCCCCGAUCCCCCCGAGCCCUCGGGACCGCGGAGUACGUCUCCAGUGGUCCCGUGUGUGCUUUCUCCUCCUCCGAUCACGAGGUGCUCGCGAUCGAGCGCUCUACCCGCCGACCGGAGCUUUUCCACGUGGCCGCCGGUUGCAGCCAGAUCGAUCCACGGACCGCGCCCGUUGUACUCCUCUGUAAACACACACAUGGUCCCUGGGGUUCCCGUGGCCUGAGGCCUAUCUAGGUCCUGGCGGUCUGGGAACACCCCUUACUCCCCUGCACUUAACCCUUCAGUUUAACACUACUAUUUGUUUGUGCUGGGGUUGUACACAGGAUUGUUAUGUUUUAUGGGGGUUUUCACUAUUUCUAUAUGUGAGACUUUACAUUAGUCCUUUAACACAAGGUCUUUCAGGUUCUCUAUUUGGCUAACUGAGGAGCGCUCCAGUAAAAGUGACCCUUCAUAUACCUUACACCACUCAUUAGUGACCUGGCCUGCGCUGUCUGUACCCCUAUGACUGGCCUGCUUUGUCUGUGCCCUUAUGACUGGCCUGCUUUGUCUGUGCCCAUAAGCUUAGCCUGCUCUGUCUGUACCCACUGACUGGCCUGCCCUGACAGUGCCCUAUUUCUGAGCCGACGUUUGUCCCAGGGCCGUCUUUAAUAUGGAUUGGACCCUGGGCAAACAUUUGCUUGGGCCCCCUGAACCUUGUCGUCCCCUCCCUGGUAUGCAAUCAUGCCCCCCACCCCAAUGCAGAGGCGGACGUAAAGUAGAGAGGGCUCUGGUGCAUGAAUUAUUUUGGGCAAGAGGGGGCAAAAGGUAGAUCCCCAUCUGUCAUGCAACUCCAACAAUGCUUUGACAGCUGGGGCACUACCAUUUUCCCAUGCAUGCAGGGUUAUAUUUAGCACUGAGCAGUAUUUGUGUGUUUGAGUGUAAGCAUGUUUUUGUAUGGAGUAUGUUUGUGUGAAUGUAGGGGUGUGUUUGUAUGUGGAGAUGGCAUUUAAAUGCAAGUAUGCAUUUAUGUGUAGUGUUGGUUUAUGAAUACACUGGUGUGUUUAUAUAUAAUUUUGUUGUUUUAAAAAAGAGGUGUGUUUAUAUGUAGUGUUGAAGUUUGAAUGCAGGUGUGUAUUUGCGUGUAGUGUUGAAUGCUGAGAUGUAUGCACAAAUACACAUGCACUGUCACAAACACACACACACAGAAACACUUGCAGAUACACAGAUAUACACAAUCAUACAGAUGCAGCUAUACAGACACAUUUACACACACUGACACACACACACAACCUGGCACACAUGCAGACACACAGAUGCACACACGCACACACGCAGAUACACUGACAACAUACAGAUACACAGACACACACAAUGACAACAUACAGACACACAGAUACAUAACCUGACAAAUGCAGAUACAAACACUGACACACAUGCAGAUACACACAUUGGCUACAUACAGAUACAUGCACAGGUAUACACACUGGCACACAUACACAGAUACAUACAUACUGACAACAUACAGAUACUCACUGACACACACACACACACAGACACUGUGACAGACAUACUGACACUGUGACAGACAUACAUACUGACACAUACACAGACAUACUGACUGGCACACCGACAUACAUACAGACACACAAACUGACACACACAGACAUACUGACAUACACACAGAUAUACAUACUGACACACACAUAGACAUACAAACUGACACACACACAGACAUACAAACUGACACACAGACAUAUACUGACUGACACAUACAUACUGACACACACACAGACAUACAUACAUACUGACAUUCACUCAGACAUACAUACAUACAUACUGACACACACAAGACAUACUGACACAUACAAAGACAUACAUACUGACACACACACAUACAUACAUACUGACACACACACAUACAUACAUACAUUCUGACACACACACACAUACAUACUGACACACACACACACACACAGACAUACAUACAUACAUACUGACACUCACACAGAUAUACAUACAUACUGACACACACAAAGACAUACUGACACACACAAAGACAUACAUACUGACACACACAAAUACAUACAUACUGACACACACAUACAUACAUACUGACACACACACAUACAUACAUACUGACACACACACAGACAUACAUACAUACAUACUGACACUCACACAGACAUACAUACAUAAAUACUGACACUCACACAGACAUACAUACAUACUGACACACACAGACAUACUGACACACACAAAGACAUACAUACUGACACACAUACAUACAUACAUACUGACACACACAUACAUACAUACAUACAUACUGACACACACAAAGACAUACUGACACACACAAAGACAUACAUACUGACACACACACAGACAUACAUACAUACAUACAUACAUACUGACACUCACACAGACAUACAUACAUACUGACACACACAAAGACAUACUGACACACACAAAGACAUACAUACUGACACACACACAUACAUACAUACUGACACACACACAUACAUACAUACAUACAUACUGACACACACACAGACAUACAUACAUACAUACUGACACUCACACAGACAUACAUACAUACAUACUGACACACACACAGACAUACAUACAUACAUACUGACACACACAAAGACAUACUGACACACACAAAGACAUACAUACUGACACACACACAGACAGACACUCUUUAGUUUUCUACCUUUGAAAGAGGCUUCCUUCUCUGGGGACCAGUGUGCUGGCUGGGGUAGUUGGAAGUUGGGAGUCUGGCUAUUCUUGCUCCCCCUCCUCACUGGAUGCUGGCUCAGCAGCCGCCCGGGCGGCCCGAUGUCUUUGAGGUGGGAGGAAGUGAUUCGCGGUCGUCACUUCCUCCCAUGCAGCCGUUAAGCAAGGACCCGGUCGCGCUGUUAAAGGGCCACAGCGCCGACCGGACCCCUGCUGGAACAUGCUCACUGGGUGGCCCUAAAGGUAUGGGCCACCCGGUGGGCCCCCUUAGUGUGCGGUCCCCGGUGCAGCCGCAAUACUAGCACCGCGGGCCCAUUAGGUAGGGAAAUAUUUUAAAAAAAUAAUUUUUUAUUGCAGGCGACGGGGCCCAUGAGUAACUGGGCCCAGGGCAGCUGCCCCGUUUGCCCCUCCUUAAAGACGGCCCUGGCUUGUCCGUGCCUAAAUCCCUUACGGCCGCUGGCCUAGGAUAUUAUACGGGGAGAUUUUAUACUGGGGGUCCACCACGACCAUGCUAUGGACACUGGCAAUUGUGUCCAUAUACAUUGCUCCCAUAAUAGCUGGGUGACAGGUGUCAUUUCUACCCUCGGGGUCACGCUACGGUCAGGAUAUGGACAAUCCAACCCAAGAAAGCCUACAGGCUAUGAUUAACUCGGCCGUUCCCACUUCUGUAUCAGAGACUCAGCUCACGCUGAUAGAGUCCGGCCCUGAAUCACCGGACAGAGACCAAACAAGCGCUUCUAAGCACUACUGGAAGGGUGAAGGCCCUGAGCCGAGUACCCAGAAGGGUAAGGCCCCUGCAAUGAGACCCAGGCGGACAACCGCCUCAUUACCAGCACGCCCACGAUACUUCCCCGAAGAGGAGGAAGAAUUCACCCUCCCCACACCCCUGUCCGUACUGGAUGAAUGGCAGGCAGAUCAAUCCCCCUCAGAGGAUGAAGGUGGUUGGGGUGAGGAAGAACCAGAGGAGUCGGCGUACCAACAGGACACCGAUGAAGCUGGUUCGCAACACCUACACUCCACCUAUGGGGAGGACGUGUUCUUGGACACAACGGGCAAGCCCCUGUUCAACCCACGCACCAUCUGGCACCCCAGGUCUCCUGAGUGGUCCCUACCCGAACAUCUGGCCCAGUUCGUCCAUUAUUGGGUUUGCAGACCCCUCGAUUGGGCAGUUCGGAAGAGGUUGAGGGCUGAGUGCCCUAGGCCCACCUUACCAGACAAGGUCGAUAUGACGCCCGAGUUUGACACGAUGGUCUCCAUCUAUUUGACCCGUCCCGGUCGCGAUCCCAAGAAAGGGAUCGAAAGCAAUCUCCGACUGGUACAAGAUAAGGUGCUUGACAUGUUGGGGCCACUGGAAUGGAUCCGUACUAUGGCAGACAAGGCUGUCUUGCAGGGCUCGCCCCUGGAUGCUGCAGCCAUAAGAGAUCGGGCAUUACGCUCCAUUUGCCUGCUGGGCAACUCCAACGUGGCAUUAUGCAUGGAGCGGAGGAAGGCUGUCCUCAUGCGCAUGGACACUAAGUUAUCGGAGUUGGGAUCCAAGGAACUGGGACCCUUGGCCAAAGGGCUGCUUUUGGAGAACCUUUCAUCAAGGAGCUCCAGAGGCACGUCAACCUCUAUGCCACUCUGAACAAGGCCCAAUCUUCGAUGAGGAGGGUGUUCCGCUCUCACACCUCUCGUGUUUUUGGCAGGGCUGGAAUGCAGCUGUGUCAUGCCUCCACCUGCUUCUGGCCAUCGAGCCACCGAUGAUCCCUUACACCAUCCUUCUUCCCCAGCUACCACUCUGGGUCCUUCAUCUCCCAGAGGUCAGACCGUGGCAGAGGGAACCGGACGCGUGGUAGGGGCAGAAUGCCCACAGGUGAGACAAGUUACACCACGUGUUUUUCCCAGUCCUUUGCAUGCCGGCAGGUUACGUUUUUGUCUCGACAGAAUACUCCAAACAGUCCGAGGUUACGUUAUAGACUUCCAUUCACCCCCAGUCCAGGAGGUACCUCUCCCUCCCUCCCCCCCCCCAGCUACAGUGUCAUCAAGAGUGCUUCAAAUCCUCGGCGGCUCGAUGGCCAAAAUACAGGCCCUCUUCGACAAAGGGGCAGUUCAGUGGGCGCUGGACGACGGAGGUUUCUUCAGCUCGAUUUUCCUAGUCAGAAAGAAGACAGGAGAUUUCUGUCCGGUUAUAAAUCUGAGGAACCUGAAUGGCUUCAUUUCCUAUCAACACUUCAAGAUGGAGGGCAUCCAUCUUCUAAGAGACUUACUGCGCCCAGGGGAUUGUUUCACUCGCCUAGACCUGAAGGACGCAUAUCUAUCCGUACCGGUGGAAUCCGGAUGCCGACUAUUCCUACGUUUUGUUUGGAAAGGGAGGCCAUGCCAAUUCACCUGCCUACCCUUUGGCCUCAGCUCGGCACCUUGGUGUUUCACCAAACUAUUGAAACCAAUAACAGCAUGCCUGUGCUCCAGGGGCAUUUGGUGCUUGAUAUAUCUGGAUGACUUGCUUCUCUUCUGCGAGGAUGCCUCCAGGCUGAAAUCUCAGACGCUCUACACGGUCUCCUUGUUCGAAUCCCUGGGGUUUGUAGUCAACCGAGAGAAGUCGGCCCUCACACCGAUGCAUAUAGUUAAAUUUUUGGGGUUCGAAAUAGAUGCGACUUAGUGCAUCCUACGCCUCCCUCAGGCCAAGAUCACAGCCAUUCGAAAAGAGAUCCUACGGAUCCUGCGUAAAGAAAUUAUCCCACUCAGGGUCCUGGCACAAGUGGUAGGCCUCUUGUCCACAUCGAUCCAAGCCAUCUACCCAGGUCCCCUUCACUACAGGGCCAUGCAACGCCUGAAGGUAAGCUUCCUGCGCAGGAAGCCCUCAUAUGACCAGCUGAUUCCCAUCACGCCAGAGGUCAAGACCGAACUUCGUUGGUGGCUAUUACACACGUCAGCCUGGAACAGCAAGGUGAUUUUCGGACCGACCCCGGACUUUGUCCUGGAAUCGGAUGUGAGUCUAUGGGGCUGGGGAGGACAAGCACGGAAACAGGGUAUCACAUCAACUGCCUAGAAAUGAUUGCGGGCUCAUUCGCUAUAGGGAGCCUUGCAGGUCAUCUGUCGGAUUGCUGCAUCCUGCUGAGAAUGGACAACGUAUCAGCGGUGCAGGGAGCCUAUGCACUUCCACCAUUCACUAUGAUCUCCAGGGUCCUUCUCCUUCUGGUUCCCAGAAUUGCUAGAGCUGUCAUAUCAGGACCCGCUCCUUCUCCCGUCUCCGCAUCUGCUCCUGUCGGAUUCUUGAGGCAAUCAUCACCCCCUUGUGCUGGAAGGCCAUCUCCACUUGGUGGCUUGGACUCUUUCUGGGGUACCUGGAAUGUCGAUGAGCUAUCGGGAUCAGCUAGAAGCCUCCUCUGGGACUCAUGGGCCCCAGGAACGUGGAGAUGAUAUCUGUCCGCCUGGAACAUAUGGUGUCGUUGGUGGAUGGAACAGAGUAUCGAUCCCUUUACAGCACCUAUAUCCAGCGUACUGAAUUUCCUUUCUCACCUCUUCGACCAAGGGAGGUCAUAUCGCUCUGUUAACAUUGCCAGAUCAGCCAUUUCAGCGGCUCAUGUUCCCCUUCAGGGGACGCCCAUUCGACAAGAUCCAUUAGUUUGUAGACUAUUGAGAGGAAUCAGACUGUCACGUCCACCGGCUCCUAAGUAUACAUCACUCUGGGAUGUACACCUGGUUUUGGAUUUCAUUCAGGCAUGGCCGGAGAAUCAGGACCUUUCUCUACGACAGUUAUCGGCCAAGUUUACACCUCUUUUAUGCCUAGUAUCGUUUCGUCGGGUCUCCAACGUCCGGGCUUUUGAUAUUAAUGCAUUCACCUUUUUCCCAGAUGGGGUGACCUUUUCAGUGUCGAGACGUACCAAGUCCGACUCGACUGCCAUUUUCUAUCCUUUUUUUCGAGAAGCUCCUAAGCUCUGUGUGGUUUCUGCUCUGUCUCGCUAUGUGGCAGUUACUACCCCGCUUCGAAGUUCCCAAUCGGGACAGCUGUUGAUAUCUUAUGUACGUCCGCAUAAACUGGUUUCUGCCAUUACUUUGGCUCGUUGGAUCAGAUGGCUUUUGUCGUUGGCUGGCGUGGACUCCUCAUUUGGUGCUCAUUCGGUAAGGGGCGCAGCGGCGUCAGGAGCCCUGGUAGCAUAUUCUACGUUCAGCAGACUGGUCUUGAGAAGACACAUUUCGACAGUUUUAUUUCAGACCGAUGGAACAUGCAGCUUUUGCCUUACUGGCUGAGCGUUGAAACAGCAAAUAUGAAGCUUCCUUUAAUGUUAUAAAAUUGUAGAUUAUUAUAGCUUUAGUGUACCUAUAAUCCUUAUUUUAUUAAUGACAGGAGGCGAAUAUUUCCCACCCGUUUGUUCCCGACCCUUGUUUGUAUUUAUUAUCUGGUAUGUUGAAUAUUAAUAAAGAUAUAUGUCUCUGGUCAGUGUUCGUUGUGGUUAUUUCCUAGAUAUGUUUUACAUUACUGUCUGGGCUGGGAUCUGUAAACUUGGUGGUGUUCACUAUGAAUUUGCACUGAGUGGCUGCAUGCUUUUAUACGUACAUUUCAUUGGCUAAUCACAAUUUUCGAUUCUGUUUAUCUCGUUUCAUUGUAAAGUUUCCAGGAUGAGAUCACGUCCAAGUUUUCGAUUCGGUUGAAGAUUCCUAUGAGAGUCGUUGUUUCUGUCAGAGAUGGACUGUUAUAGUUAUGUUAUGUUUUUUCUGUGUUUUGUUAUCGCAGUUUGAAAGAGGAAAUAGAAUGUUGAGAAGGGAGUUAUAUGGUCUCCUUACUGUUUUCUGAUUGGUUGUUUACUCUCUGUGUUUUUUUGCUGCUGUGGAGUUCUAGUAAAGAGAGACUUAAGCAAAUAUUCGCCUCCUGUCAAUUAUAAUAUUAAGAUUAUAGGUACACUAAAGCUAGCAUAAUCUACAAUUGUGACCCUAUUGGCUCCGUCAUCAUGUGGUGUGCAAUGUCUGCAUUCACAAGUGGUGAGAUGAGCUGAGUAAUAGCUCAUCUCGCAGCUAAAGCCCACAAUCCUCCUAAUCGCUGAGGAUGGGAAGGAGGUAGUGCUGUACAAACAAUGGUGGGUAAGAGGACAAAGGACAGGCUUGAGCGAGGUUGGGAUAUUAAAAUUGAGCGGUUAAUAGAAACAUUUCCGUUCAGAUUGUGAACAGGCUUCUUCUUGAUCUGCUAUUUGGCACUAUGAAUAGUUUAUAUAUAGAACACUCUGUAAAUUGGUUACAUGAGGAUUCAGGGGUUAAUCAAAGGAACAUUGCAAUCAUCACUCCAAGCACCAUAACCACUUCGGUGUUAUUGCAUGAGGAGUGCCCUUGCACCCCCUGUUGUAAGCUAUCAAAUCAUUACUAAAGGUUUGACAACUUACCUGGGGCCGGUCACUUCCUACACUGAGAGCCAGAAGCUCGUGUACAGAGCUUCCGUUAGCUCUCUUGAAUUAACUAUGCUGUGCAGGGUCAGCUCAUUGUCUUAUCCAGUCAGCCAGUGAACUAAACCUUGCACUACCGGCCUUAGAGAGAGCUUCUAAGUGACAUGGCAGAGAUGACUGGUGGUAUGCGAAUCCCCAGUUUUGUUCUCAAAUUAUUCAUUUACAGUUUGAUUACUCACAUUGGGAGUGCCAGGGCAUGCGUGGGAGAUAAACUAUUACAAAAAGAUGUAGUGGUUAUGGGACUUGGAGUGUUCCUUUAAAAAAUCGAGUACGAUGGAUGCAAUGAUCAAGCUAAUUGGUAAAUAGAAUGGAUUAGUCUCUGGGGUCUCUCUCAUGAAUUUUAUCUGUGAGAUUUUAAUGCUUUAGUUAGUAUUUCUUGGGAAAAGAUCAAUUCUGUUAUCUGAAAAGUGCUGUGUUCAAUGAAAUAAAUAAGCUCAAUGGGCCAGUUCAGCUAAUUGUGAUAUUUAUCAGAUGAUGUAAUUGGGUUGUUUUAAAACUUUCUAUAAUACACCUAUCUUAAGCAAAAAGGAAAUAAAUAUAUAUUUACAAACCUUUUAAAUAUAUGGAAUUAUUGCACUUUUAUUUAUUGUUUUAUCGCUGGAUACAUGAGGUUAGAAGCAUUGAUACAGAGCAUCAGAACCAGGACUAAAAAGGAUUGAAGAAAAUGUCCAUUAUCUCUGAAUCCAUAGGCAGAGGCACUUAGAGAGCAAAUUUGUCUAUACAGAUGAUAGUGGCUUGGUUUGUACAAGGAUUAUAAAUAUUUUCUACAAAUAAUAAAACCAAAUGGGUCUGAAUGCAAGGAAGCACUCCGGGUAAGGAAUGUGUUUCUUCCCCAGCCUGCAGAGGUUAGACAUUAAUAUUGUAAAAGUAAUACAGGAAAAAGAGCCAAUGAAAACACAAUAUGGGUGUUUUUAAAGUACUGUGACAUUGUUACCCAUAGCAAGAAGUGGAUACUGAGCUUGAAUGUUAGACAUGGACAUGGGCAAGAAUGUUUCCAGAUCAGGGAUUUUAAUCUAGAUUUGGCCAUCAAGAUUUCAGUUCACUACAAUUUGAAGUUUACUGAAUAAACCCCAUGGAGGAGGAUGAUGACGAUUGAGAUAAUGAUAAAACUAUUAAUACAUUUCUAUUUUUAUUCUAUUUUUAAAAUUCAUAUUUUGCAUUAAAAUGCAUCAUAAAACAAAAAAUAUGCAAAGAUGUAUUGAUAUAUAAACAUCUUACAGUGAACUAUUAUUACCAAUUAUAUGCACUGUAAUAACCUGUCCUUGUCUCCUCAUGAUAAAUAAUUGUGAAUCCAAUUCAUGGAUUCCUUUGUUUCAAUAGUCAUAUUGUGUAUCGAGACAUAUUUAAAGGGACACUCCAAUUUCCAUAACCACGGUUAUAAUAGUUAUAGUGUCUGGAACGCCCUGGCAUUCCCACCUUCAAUGUAAGUAGUCAAACCAUUUGUCAAAGGUUUGAUUUCUUGCCUAGGGUCUACUGGGCACCGCUCGUUGCCUUUUCUCUUCCACUACAGAGUGCUUGCAGACUCUGCUAAGAGCUUCCUUUAGCUGUCCUGAGAUAAGCCAUGCUGUGCUGUGUUACAUUUACAGUAAACUCUGCCAUUAGAAAUUACUGACUGUUAAAACAUCCAAAUGUUACACCCAGUGAUCAGGGUGGCACAGUGGUAUGGCCUUAAGAGAGACGUCAGCUGAUGCUGAUAAACCAACCCAGGAAUGUUGCUGUAUGGGUUGUGUUCCAGGACAGCAGAGAUCUGAUCGGAACAUAUAGUAUCAAUACAGGCAUCAAACUAACAUUGGGUGAGAGGAACUAAAUGGAAUGGAUAUAAAAUAAACCAAACAAUUUAUCCUCCACUGCUUGCUUUUUAUAUGUGUAAUUAUUAUUAUUACUGCACAGAAUCUCCUACCAUAAGUAAAACAAUAAAUGUCAAGCCAGUCUUGCUACAUUACUUACCAUUAUGCACUUAUUACCAUUUAUGAAUAACCAACAUUUUCUGCAGUUCUGUACUUAACAGAAUAGUAAAUAAUUAAAUUAGAGAUAUACUUAUAGACAGAACCAGAAAACAUUGCUGAUUCUGUAAAGUCCUCUCCAUCCCCCCCCGUCAACUACUUAAUGAUGAAUUCAUCUUAAGAGAUAUGAAUAUAAGCCUGGCUUGUGAGAUUCGGAGAGGUAUGUCAUGGAGUCGGAAUGAUGGGGGUAAACAAAACAGUGCUUCAAAAAACUUUUAAGGCCAACUAAAGUAAGGAAACUACAGGGAUGUAAGAUAUGGGGAUUCAGGUGGUUAGUUGGAGCAUUCCUAUGUGUUUCCAUAUAUACUAUAUAGUAACACAGUAACUAUUACAUAGUAUAUCUACAAAAUAUACAUGUAUAUGAAGCUGUGUGUUAAAAACAAAACUAAACAAAAACAGAAAAGACCUACUGCAAUAACGUUUACUUAAAUUACAAUCUUAAUAUUUCUUAGAACUUCCUUUACAAACGGAUUAAAAAGAAUGGAGAUUGCCUUGUAAUAAUAAUUGGAGGGCCAAAAAGUAAUUGUCAAAUUACUUAUGGUGAUUUCAGAGCAAUUGCUGACUCUGACAAGAACCCAUUACAUACAAACUAAAUUGGAAUAGAUGAUUUACUGUAAUUGAUUAUGGUGUGUCUCUUUGUUUGUAGAAAACUAGACUUUUAAUGUUUUAUGUUAUACAGCUGUCAAUUCUUUGCACAUAUACACAUUAGUUAACUUUUUUGUUUAUGUGCUGCAGAAUAGCAUAUGCUCAUAAGUUUACUUUAAAUGAAUAUUUGUUCAUGUUUCGAAGGUAAACAGAGUGCAGACAUGAUUUAAUUUAAUUCUCUCUUUGGUAUUUGUUUUUAGCUUUCUUGCUACAUGCAUGUAAUAGGUUCUUUUUUUUAAAAUGUUCAUGUUCAUUUUAAAUUUCUGUAAAAAAUUAAUUUACAUCCAACAAACCAACUGUUUAGUUUUUUUUGUUCCAUUGUAAUAGCCACAUACAAAGUAUUAAUUUACAUAUUUGCACAUACGAGUACAGUCUGUUGAGCUACACCUGGCUUACAGGUAAUAUGCAAACUGAGCUCUUGUGUAUCUGGCUUUUUCCUUUUCUCUUAUACAAACACAUAUUCUCUUUAUGCUCUAGUUAUCAGCGGAUGUGGACGCUUGCAGGACCUGCUGUCCUUCUAAUACAUCAAAACACGCUCAACAGCAAACAUGUCUCAUUCUGAUUCUGAGGACUCUGACUCCCCAAAUAGUAAAUUCAGAUUAGAAGCCCAUGACAAGGAUACACUUGCUGCAUUCAGCAAGGGAGACCAGAACAAAGAUGGGGAAAAAGAUAAGAAGCCCCCAAUGGAAUCAGCUCUCCAAAAAGAAGGCAACGAUUUUCCCAUUAAUAUUGGAUUCAAUAUGGAUUUCUUGCCCAAAGUUCAAGGCAAUGGGAACAAGUAAGUUUGUACACCUUACUUAUUUCUGAUGCGGUAUGCAAAUAAAGUGUAUUUUCCAGCGUGGUUCCCCUAGGAAGCAAUAGCAUUGGUUAUUGGAAUCAUUGGUAACAUGACAAUAACAUAAUGUAAAGAAAAAGUAAUAGCUUCAUGAAACAAAAAUAUGUCUUGGUAGUUAGUGGUAAGCAUGCUUAAUGUAGAACAAAAAUAGAGAGCAAAAAUGUCUCUAUUAUUCCCUAGUAUAGAAGGGUGAAUAAUAAUAAGCAGUAUUUGUUUAUACUCCGAGUGUUUUCUCUUUUUCAUGAGUGUUUAACAUUUACUUAUGGUAAAUUGAUCAUUUACCAUUUGGGAUUGAGUUCUGUCAUUUAGUUGAUAAUUCACCAUCUAUGACUCCUUUGUGAACAAACCCCAUGAUGUUUUCUAUUAUGCAUCAUUCAAAAUGUGCUUCCAAAAUCACACACAAUUCAAAAAGGGGGAAGUACUUAUUUAGGUAUAUUGAGUAAAUAUUGUUAUUAUGCUUCAUAUGGCACCCAUACCUUAUAAUGCAACAUUUAGUAAACAAAAGACACAGAAGAUACACAGAACCAGACCAGAAGGUUGCCCAGGGCCCUAGGUAGGAUGCCAGAUGGGGUCCCCUCAUAGAGCCCUGGGCGUUCGCUAAUGCAUCCCUUCUUUUUUGUAUAUAUAUAUAUAUAUAUAUAUAUAUAUAUAUAUAUAAAGAUAUUAAUAUACAAUUAUAAGCUUGGGGUAUGUGACUGGAUGGAUAAAUGCAACUAUUUCGAGGUAUGAUUGGAUGAUGAAUGCGGGUGAUUGGAUGAUAAGUGGGACAGGACUGUGAGAGCGUGGUGUGAGUGUGGAGUGGAGGCUGAUAGUGGGGUUAUGUUUGGGUGUUGCUUGUGGUGUUGCAUGUUAGUAGGUAUGCUACUUAUAAAGUUUGAUUUUGGACUGUGUGUGAUUGCUUGUGGUGUUGCAUGCUAGUAGGGAUGCUACUUAUAAAGUUUGAUUUUGGGCUGUGUGCGAUUGCUUGUGGUGUUGUGUGUGUGAGGGCUGUAGGGUGUUUUUGGGAGGGAUAGGGGUUGUAGCGUAUGUGUGAGGGCAUAGGGGCAGUGGUGUGUGUUUGGGGGCUGCUAGAGACUGUUAUGUCUGUGCUGGACCUGUAGUUUAUAUUGCAGGGACAAUGUGGAAUGUUAUGAGCAUUUGCCCCACACUCCAGCUCCCUGGUCAGUAGCUCGGUGCAAAAUUCAAGGCACAGAUAUAAAAAGUCUAAGAUGAGUGCACUCGUGGGAUUUAGAAUUCAAAUUGAUGAUUUUAUUGAUGCAAAUUCAUGAAAAUGUUUUAGUCCUGCCUAGACUUUUUUUGCUUGAAAAAAGUCCAGGCAGAACUGAUAUGUUGACCAUUGUUUUCAAAAUGUAAUAGACAACACUUAAUUAAUUGAACAGCCAACCCCCGCUUGUUCCUCUCUUCUAAUACCACUUUCCCUCACUUUAUUCCUCUUUUCUCAAAACCUACUUCCCUAACUUUAUUUCUCUUUUCUCAUACCCACCAAUUGCUCUCUUGCGUCUCCACUCCUCCUCUUUUUCAGCACCCCCCUCAAAGCACAAAUCUGAAUGCUGCCCAGCAGCAUUAGGGUUGCUGAAUUACGGCAAGCAGCCAGAGGUACAGAAGGUCAUACAGGGUUAUGAUGGGGACAUCAUCAUAAUGCGCUCUCCUGUAAUUCUUCCGGCUGUCUAACAGGAAGAGAUGACCUGCCACUACAAGAAGGGGAAAGAAACAUAGCUUCAGAGGUCUAGGGUGGCACACAGGGCAGAUAAUUUUCUUUGGUAUCCUUCUUGAAUUCAAAACUUUAAAGGGACACCACAAACACCAGACCUGCUAUAGCUUACUGUAAUGGAUAUGGUGCUAGGAGGCUAUAGGUGCACACCCUCCAGUUUUUGCCAAAAGGUUACUCAGCAUCCAAACCCCAUUGAUUGGACAGAAAGUGGAAAUUUCCAUCCAAAAUGUUUCUUUAAACAUAUCUGCUUGAAUGAGCUUGCAUUCUACAGGGAGUUGGGUUAAGUGGAACAAGAGGUAAGGGUAUGAUAUAUUUGAUGUAUGGGAAACUUACUAGAAUACUUAACAAUGAAGGGUUAGUUUUUUUGAUGAUACAGUUGCAGCAGAGGGAGCAAGGUGAGUUACCAAGGUGCAGGAAGGGAAAGCUAUUUCAUUGUUUAUGAUUUUUAUGAAGUAAGUGUUUAAUGAUCUUUUGAAGGAUCUGAGUGUGGGUAAGAGUCUAACAGAGCAGGCAAGUGAGUUCAAUUAGAAUGGCUCUGCCUUAGAGAAGUCUUGAAGGUGCAAGUUUGAACAGAAGAUAGAUGCAGAUGUUUCGCAGAGUGUAGAGGCUUGGACAGGAUAUACUUGUGUAUUAGUAAGGAUAAGUAUGUAGGAUUGUGCAGCAUUGUGCAGCGAUUUGUAAGCAAGCACCAGAAUUUGAAAUUGAGCCCUAUAUCUUAGGGGAAGCCAGUGUAAGGACUGAAAGAGUGGUGAGGCAUGGGAGGUGCGGGGAGACUGGAAGAUGAACUUCGCCGCUGCAUUUAUUAUGGACUGUAACGGGGUCAGCUGGAAACACGUAAGACCACUGAGAAGCAGAUUUCAUAAGUCAAGGUGAGAGAGGAUAGUGAUAUGGACCAGCACCUUAGUUGCAUCCGCAUAAGGGCAGAUACAAGCUAUAUUUUUGAGAUGGAAGGGGCAGGAUUUGGCAAGUGACUAGACAUUAGGGGUGAAAGAGAGGUUGGAAUCAAAGAGAACACCUAGGCAGCAAGCCUGCGAGGUAGAGCUGAUGGUAGUGCCAUUGGCUUGGAGAAAGAAAGACACAAGAGGAGCAACACUCUCAUCUCUUCCACCUGUAUCUCCUUCACCUGUUAGUCUCCCACUUGUGUCUUCUGCCUCAUCUAUCAUCAUUUUUGUGUCUUCUGCUCAUCUAUCCCCAAUUGUGUGACCCCAUCAUAUGCUUUUCUCCUCCUUAUAUGCCCCUUUCCUUUAUGUUUGCUCACCAUUCCAAAACAACUUAUAUGUCUGCUCUCCCAUGGGUCUUUAUACUUUCCAAACCCCUCGUAUCUUUUUUAAAUUCACUGUAAAAAUGUUGACAUUUAAAUGUUAAAAAUCACAAAUAUUGUAGUGAUGUGCAAUGUUGUGACCUUUGAAUAUAAUUAAAACAUACAUAUUUAAGAUUUAUAGUGGCAUUAAUAAUGUUAGGAGUCAUUACAGUGCACUGCUAUACAUGGUCCUGAGUUAAGCAGUGUAACCCAUGCAAUAGUUUAAGCAGUAUGUAGGAUUUGGAGAGUUGGGGCGAGGUUAGGAUUAGGAUUUUGGCUUUUUAGAGUUGGAGGUUUAGGUUUAAGGGGGAUUGGGUUUUGAGGGUAUCCAUCUCAGAGGAUUUUUUUGGAUGAGAAUAAAAAUGUUUUAAUUGUUACAACAGUGUCACUAUCUUGUUAUAAGCUUUUCAACUUUACUAUGUCACUGAAAUGUCAUUGUCAUAUUUAAAAAAAUUUCACAGUUUGACAUUUUAUAUAUAUAAGAUAUAUAUAUAUACAGGGUCAAUAGAGCUAAAGAAUAUAUAAUAUUUCCAGUUACUAACAGGGCUGUUUGUACAAAGGGCUCCUUAGACGUGAAGAAAGGAGAUAUUACAUAAUGCCACAUAAUGUUAAGAUAGAAAAGUAUUCUGUUUAUGUGAAAUUCUGGUGUAAAUUUUCUACCAGUGAGAGGUAUUGUGCCCUUUCUGAAAGGCUGUCUGAGCACUCAGCAGACAAUGUCAGGUCUAGAACAGGAUGUAGACAGGGGAACGUGGAUAGAAAUUAUUAGUGGCAUAUGACACAUUGUAGAUAAAAAUAAUAUGAAUAUUCAGCAUAUUAUAUUUUGUGUGUUCUUAGUUAUGAUAGCAAAGGUGCCCUAUCUCUGACAUGGACUCAAUCAAUAUGCAUAACUGUCUGUAGAAUAAUAACAAGUGCUGGACUAUCUUUCCCUACAUGUGAAUGUAGAAAAAUCUUACUUUAACUCCCAGAAGUAAGUUCAAGCAACAUUCACAACUACGUCACUGGCUUUAAAGGCCUUUGUUACCGUGACCUUGAAAACAAGAGAACUGUGAUUUCUCUUGUGAACUAACUUCACAAUUUCCUAGGUCUCACACCAGCCUUUUCUUAUCCUGCAGUUUUCCAUCGAUAUAAAAUGUUUUCCAUUGCUCCCUCCCCCUCCCGCCACACCUCCUAGUUCUGCAUUUAACAUCCCAUUCAGUUCUUACUAAAUCCAUGGUAACUAGAGGGACCUAUAAACAAUGUUAUGAUUCCACUGCCACAAGUUUGACACCUCUCUCACAUAGUGCUUACUUUUUUAGCCUGUUGGACAUGCACAGUCCUUAAGAAUGGUUUCUGUUUUUACAUAUACAAAAUUAAGAUAGAAAUCCAUUUUACAUUAGUUACUAGAACACUGUGCACCUACUGGAUUCGGAUGAGCCAAACACUAAUCUCCCUAGGGAUUAAAAAUAGUUUUAUCUGUUUGGCUAGCAAUCAAAGCACUGAUGCAGUCUUGUGAUCUAUUAUUCUACAGUGAAUAUACAAUGCCAAAUUCAUCUGCAGAAGAUACAUUUUAAUACUUUAUUCAGUCAUAUUUUUCCAAAACAUGUAUUUUAAUGCAUUAAUAAAGAGCAUAUACCUCAUUUACUUAUUUAAACCUAAACUGUGUAACUUGAUUGAUACAUUCUUUAUCCAUAUGUAACGUGCUGAAGAAAUAUAUAUAAAAAUAAGAUUCAGCUAUUUGUCCUUGUUUUACCUGUAUGUCUAGGAAAUUUUAUAAAUUUUUUCAGCUACCAGUCAUAAAGCAUAUUACGGUUUAAAAGUUAAAUAUUUUCAAAGUCUGAUAUGAUGGUCUUAAGAUUGCUCCAAAACAGGUAUUUUUAACAGACAUUUUUGGCACUUCUAAUGUGGAUAUUUGACUGACAUUCCAUGUCAAAUUUAGUAGUAAUAUUUUGAGUAUUUGUUUUCAUACAUACAUACAUACACAAAUACCUGCAUACACAAAAUUCCUGCAUGUUUUAAAUAUAUGUAGGAGGCAUCUCAAUCUCUAGCCCCACCGUGUUGUAUGCUGUAGUUAACUACAACUCCCAUGAUUCUCUAGCCCAGUGUUUCCCAACCCAGUCCUCAAGGCACACCUACCAGUCCAGGAUUUAGGGAUUACCCAGUUGUGUCUAAGGUGUUUUUACAAAGAAGAAAAAAAACACCUUAGACACAACUGGGUAAUCCCUAAAUCCUGGACUGGUAGGUGUGCCUUGAGGACUGGGUUGGGAAACACUGCUCUAGCCACCUAUUGCAUCCAAAAAACAACCGAGAGGCUAGAGUUUUAGAUACCUUUCAAUAGUGUACAUUUGCAAACAAGAUAUUCCUCUUUGUCAUUGCUGUAAAACACACCAAUAUCAUACCUCCUAAGUGCCCCUAUUUAGGAUGGUUGGUCCUCUUUUAGGACUCAAAUCCAUCUGUCCCGCUUUUUUAGGAGCUCCAUAUUGUUUGUGUGUAUAACAGAUCGCCACAGCAACAAUACUCAGCAGUAAUGUGUCUUUACAGUACAAAAAAUAAGCUUAGAAAUCAGUUAGUGUAAAUUAGAUACAUUGCUCUAAUGGCAUUUUAGUUGCAUGAAUUGUUACUAGUAAGUCACCUAAAAUUUCUCAUAAUAACCCUGCCCCUGGCCAUGCGCCCAAUCACAACCCUGAGAUUAAAGUGUCCCUCUUUGUCCAUUUGAAAUGUUGGGAGGUAUGCAAUAUAUGUCCAGCUGAACCCCACCCCUUAAAUUAACACUCCAAACGCAUUAACCACUACAGUCUGCUCAGGAGCAUCUGACUCUCUAGGGAGGGGGGUGGACCCCAGUAGACCCCCAACGAGAAGUCAAACCUUUCUAAAACGGUUUGACUAAUAACAAUGGGGGACACCAAUUAAUUCUUAGCACUAUUACCACUUCAGCAUGCUGUAUUGGUUAUGGUAUUUGGAGAGUUCUUAUACUAAAGAAAUGCCUUCGAUUCAUAGUUUCAUGGGUUUUUGUCACAUUGCUUGAGCAAGCAUACUUUUUAGUUUCAGAACUUGGAAUUUUGACAUAUUACUGACAUAUUGGCUGUUGAUUGCUUGUAAGGAUGCAUUUUUGUUAGCUGAGCAUGUAUCUGUUUAUGUCUUCAGUUACAGCACGUGAACACAGCAUUGCCCACUCAUUUUUUUCAUACUUUUUGUAAGAUACAAAUUAAAAAAAAUCCCAAUGCUCUCAUAUUUUAAUGUACUCAGAUAUAAGAAACUUGAAUAGCGUGGUUUUUAUGAAGUAUCUAGAUUUUGGGGAUUUUCUCUGUAGUAGCACUAUUUAAGAGCUGCAAAGAAAUAUGUGGGCGGUUGUUCACUUAUUUGUGUAUGAUAGUAUAUAUAAUGAAAACACUGUCUGUUAUUAAUAAAUAAAUAGAAGCAAUAAAUAUAGUUUUUGAGGGUUUACAAAAGGAGAACUAUGGACACAGCAAUAAAAUAGUAAAAUUGUAAGUAAGGGGUUAAACUAAUUUCCAAGUUAUUAUCUCCAUUAAGCAUCUGUCUGAAAAAAAUGAACUCUAACUCAGCUGUGAGAAAAAAGCCUGUAGUUUACUCUUGGGGAUGUGGCUGCAAAUAGCUUUCAGGAUGUAAAUAUUAAAGUGUUGAAUGUCCUAAGCCGGGUACAUCUCUGCUAUGAACUGAGAGGCAGUCAUCUAAAUAGCAAUUUGUUUUUAUUUUGAAACAAAAUGAGACAAAGGAGGAAAAUGCACUCGACUUUCAAACAUAAUUAUUAAUGCUCAUACCAGUGCUGUUAUAGCAAUUUUUUUUUUUAAAACAACAUAGAGUGCAUUUCUAAACACAAAUGUAUUUAGUAUUUAGUAAGAGAUUGGCAUCAUUUUAUUUUCAUUGUGUUUCUCUUGUAUAAUAGACAAUACAGAAUAUAAACUUAAAUAAAAAAAUAUAAAAUCUGCAGAAACAUCUUUCAAUAAAACUAGAUUUUUUAAAACAAAACACAUGAACAUGAUAACAAUACGCAGAACUGUGUGUUUUAUUUGAUUCAUGACAUGAAAUAAAAACAUGCAUUUGUAAUAUCAGAGUAGUUUCCUAACUAUUUAAAGGAACACUAAAUGUCAGGAAUACAAAUGUGCAUUCCUGACACUAUAGUUUUAAAAACAUUGUUUAGAUUCCAAGCCCCUCUUGCCUCUUUUUAAAAAGGUAUUUUACUAACCUUUUUUCCAGUGUCUCGUCCCUCUCUGCCUCCUUGGCUGAGAUCAUCAAACUUGACAAUCUCAGCCAAUCCAGUGCUUUCCCAUAGUAAAGCAUUAGAAGGCCAUUGCGCAUGCGCAGCAAAAUGCAGUGCUGCGCCAACUAGCAUCUCCUCAUAGGGAUACAUUGAAUCAAUGCAUCUCUAUGGGGAACAUUCAGCACCUCUAUGCAGAGCAUGGAGAUGCUGAACACUAGUUCAGUGUGCAGCACUAAUUCAGGAAACACCUCUAGUGGCUGUCCGAGUGACUGCCAUUAGAGGUGUUAAUAGGCAAUAAUGUAAGCACUGCCUUUUCUCUGAAAAUGCAGUGCUUACAUUAAAAUGGCUGCAGGGGCAUACUUUACACACCAGAACAACUACAUUAAGCUGUAGUUGUUCUGGUGACUAUAGUGUCCUCCUAAAUUACAUCCCCUACCUUCCCACCCGAUUCAAAAUCUAUAUUAAUAAGAAUUAUUUUUCUUUUAUCCAUUGCCGAACAGCUUGAGGUGGUUGCUCUGCCUUGGCUCAACUUAUCAGCAAUUAUAAUUUCAGCCAAUCCAAUUCUUACCCAUAGAGAAGUAUUGGGGGUUACUGCACAAUUUACUUGCUGCUCCAAUCAGCAUAUCCUCAUAGAGAUGCAUUCGCUCAACUAUAGGGAGUGUUUGGUGUCUUCUUGCACUGAAUGAAGAUGCCGAACGUUGGUCCUGAAAAGAUCUUAGGACACAAUGUAAACACUGCAUUUUCUCAGAAAAGGCAGUGUCUGCAUUGCUAAGGCUGCAGGGACAGUCUUUUUAUACCAAAUCUUCUAGAGUAAGUAGUGGUCCUUAGUGGUCCUUAGUCAUUAGUGGUCCUGAUGCUUAGCGUGUCCCUUUAACUAUUUAGUAAGAAAAGGGCAGGAAGAAUCUUCAAUUGGUUAAAAAGUAACUAGAAAUCUUUUCAUGAACAUAAUUAAUCAACAUCUAUGUGGAAUUUCCUUUUACCUAGAACUAUAGAAAUCGAUCCUUCAGAUGUCUACACAAGAGACAGAAUUUUCGAUGCUGUGACAAAUGGGGAUGCAGAUGACUUGGCUGGACUGCAGACGUAUCUUCAAAAAACAAUGAAGCUCCUAACUAACACAGAAUUUAAAGGUAUGUGCGCAGAAGAAUAUAUCCGUGCUUAUUUUAUUUCAACAGUACAGGACAUUUUAAUAAUCCAGGUCAUUGUUGCCUACAUGGAAGCCUGUGGGUUGAUUGCAGUGUUUAAGAUUCUAAAUUCUGUUUCACAAAUGUGUACAUUCCUCUACAUGUUGCUAAAGGUUAAAAAUUCAGCCUACGAUUUUAAAUAUUUGUAGUAAAACAACAUGGAGAAGAGUGUUGACCAUAAAUAAUAUCUCUGCCCUCCCUCAUCUUGCUACAACUGGUGUCCAUCAACCUAGAUCUUUCCUCUUCCCCUUAAAGGUAUACUCUCAGCACCAAAACAACCUUAGCUUAAUGAAGCCCUUGCAGUACCACUGCGAGGGUUCUCUGCCAUUUAGGAGCUAAAUAACUUUCUGUUUAUGCAGCCCUAGUCGCAUCUCCCCUGGCUAGAAAAUCCAGAUAAGAAUGCACACAUUAUAGAUAAUGGGAGGGCAAAUCCCCAAACUGUUAAAUUGAAGAGACAGCCUGGACACACUGAGAUGUUUCCCAGCAGGGAGCAGGGUACAGCAAUAUGUCAUCUCGUUUAUGGCGCCUUUAACAAGCUGAAAUGUUACGUUACCUUGUUCCCUAAAUAAAUUCUGUCCUUUGGGAAACUACUGUCUGCAUGAACAUUUUUUUCCAUUUAUAAUCAGAUCUUACAGCACAGUGUAUUUACUUUCGAUGGUUCUAUCUCCUGCUUUAACAAUUGAACUUUAAUCUGACACAAUUUAGACUGUGUCCCAGUUGUAAAUAUAUUUUCAUUAGCUAUGUCCUCUUACCGCUUUUUAUUUCUGGCAUUAUUAAAAUACCAUAGAAAAUUAUGAUUUUUAAAGCAUUUGUUUUUCACAAGGUUUUGAUCACUUAUUUUAAUUGUUAGCUAAAUAAUUGAAAUUAUAUAUUAAUGUGCUUGCUUGUUUUAGUAUUAUCAAUGGGAUUGUGUUACAGAUUUUUCAGGGUUAUACGCCAUGCUCUGAAUUUACUUUAUACAAUAUUUGGCUGGGUAGGGACUAAGAGGAAAGUAUUGUUAUAGCUUGUAGAUGACUUGAAAGAUGUGUAUAUAUAUAUAUAUAUAUAUAUAUAUAUAUGAAAGAAAAGAAGGCGUAUACCGCGCCUAGUAGUUAUUUUAUACAAAAAAAUACAUACAUAUAUCCUUGAGUAUUCCAAUCAAUUGUAGCCUCAAAAAAAAAUUAAAAUAAAGAAUAAUAGUGCAAUACAGUAGAUGGAAUUUUUAAAUAUAAGCAAUUAUAGCUAUAUACAGUCCACUCACAUUUGAAUGAGCUAUAACAGAGCUAUGUUAUAGCUCAUUCAAAUGUGAGUGGACUGUAUAUAGCUAUAAUUGCUUAUAUUUAAAAAUUCCAUCUACUGUAUUGCACUAUUAUUCUUUAUUUUAAUUUUUUUUUGAGGCUACAAUUGAUUGGAAUACUCAAGGAUAUAUGUAUGUAUUUUUUUGUAUAAAAUAACUACUAGGCGCGGUAUACGCCUUCUUUUCUUUCUACUAUUCAUUCACAGGAUUGGGGAAUCCCUGUUUUGUAUACUGCUGCCUGAUCACUAUAGUGAGCGCCUGUCACUCUCUCUCUUUUUAUAUAUAUAUAUAUAUAUAUAUAUAUAUAUAUAUAUAUAUAUGAAAAAGCUAUGGAGGAUGGCAUGAUAUGAAUGGAGAAGAGACAGGAUCUAAAUUACACUCAAAAAGGCCGAAGAAUGACUGAGCAACAUAGGAAGCAUGAUAAAACAUCUACAGUAACAUGGCUAGCUAUUUUUUGUCGCCUACAAUUCUCAUGAUAAAAAAAAAACCCAAACAAAAACAUAACCCUAAACAGCUGAAGUGAGACCAUUUAGCUUUACUGUGUUUACUUUACUAAAUUUCAAAAAAUACACACCCAGUUGUCACUAACACUGUCUCACUUCUCCCUUUAAGUACCUUUUUUCCCAUAUUGGCAUACAGCUAUAGGCAGUCGGUUAUGCAUGACGAUUUAUAGCUUUUGUGGCAGAUUUCCUGUGCUUAUUUGACGUAGUAUUUAGGCAGUCCAUGAGUUUCAGUAAACAUUAAGCUUCAUUAACUUUAGUUACGGGCUGGCUGAUGACACGCCGAUGUGGUUAAUCUCCAUAUGUGUAGCUUUUGAAAGCGAAACGCUGCACAUACAGACUCCAGGCGCCACAACCAAUCACUAUAGUGGUCAUGGUGAUUGGAGUAACACUUUAACUGUCUAAAAAAGACUAAUUGUUUAUUAAUAUAUAAAAAAUGUUGGUUUAAUAGAAGCAAUGUGUAGCAAGUACCAAACGAUGUACAUAUUGUUACCGUAUUUACUGGAAAUGAAGGACUAGUUUUAAAGGACCACUCUAGGCACCCAGACCACUUCAGCUUAAUGAAGUGGUCUGGGUGCCAGGUCCUUCUAGGGUUAACCCAUUUUUUAAUAAACAUAGCAGUUUCAGAGAAACUGCUAUGUUUAUUAAUGGGUUAAACCUUCCCCCAAAGCCUCUAGUGGCUGUCUCAUUGACAGCCACUAGAGGCGCUUGCGUGCUUCUCACUGUGAUUUGUAAAUGCUUUCCUAUGCGACUGGCUGAAUGCGCGCACAGCUCUUGCCGCGCGUGCGCAUUCAGCCGACGGGGCGGAACUGAGGAGGAGAGAAGGAGGAGAGCUCUCCGCCCAGCGCUGGAAAAAGGUAAGUUUAAACCCCUUUCCAGAGCCGGGCAGGAGGGGGUCCAUGAGGGUGGGGGGAACCCUCAGGGCACUAUAGUGCCAGGAAAACGAGUAUGUUUUCCUGGCACUAUAGUGGUCCUUUAAUAAAGGGCAGGUGUUAACAGAAAACUGAAUUCUGAUGAGCUUACAAAUGAGUUUUAAAAUUUUAACAAAAUUUGACAGGUUAGAAGAUUCAAAACAAUUGUUUUUCACACUUUUUGCAAUUUGGCAGAAAAUGCCCCACAGCUGGUACUAACAACUCUCUUUACCCUCUCUCCAAUAUAAGAUGUUACAGCUUUUACUGGAGAUAAUGCGUUAGAAAUAAAGUAUGAUGUCUCAUCAAGAGCGGGCACUCAACAAAAGAGGAGCACUGCUUUCAAUGGGACAGUGCCAGUGUGGGUAGCUCCAGUCUACCCAGAGCAUGAACCCAAAUAUAGAAUUGAAAAAAAUAUACUAGAAAAAGCUCUAUCCAAAGACAGAGCCCCCUGUGUCCUGAUGAAGAUGCAGCUAGGCACUGAAACGCGCAUCAGAAAUUUUGUUUUAUUGACUGUUUAUUUUUCACUGAGCACUUUUUUUUACACACUCCAGUUAUUUAGUCCUCUACUUUAGUGGUAGUGUGAUUCUCUCAGUUUAGUUAAGCUGUAGAUGGUGGUAGGUUGCUGUGACUUAAGCAAGCAAGGUAUUCUCUGACCCUUACUUUUUAAAUCUAUUUUAUUGAUCUCUCCUCAUCCUUUAUACCUUUAUCUAAUCACAUUACUUUUAGACACCUUUAUUGUCUGUUCUUUCUUACCUACCAGCUAGGGGGCUCUGUCUUUGAAUAGAGCUUUUUCCAGUAUAUUUUUUUUUUCAGAUAAGCAGUUAGCGCUAAAGCAUAUCCAAGCGCUGACAUUUGUCCAGGUUCCAUUGGCAUGCAAAGUGCCAUGUAAGCAUACAUGUACAGGCAUUUAUUCCUUACUGCAGCUGCGUGGGCAUUAGAGUAUUUCCAUUAAAUCCCUUGCUGUGCAUUGCCAGCUUAGCAAACACUUAAAAAAAACCUAAAAUAAAGGAAAACGAGUACCUAUAGUUUAACUAGUCACUGGCUUUGCAGAACCCUGGAUGUGACAGUUCCAGUAUAUAACCGGUCAGUAUUGCUUUACCCCUUAAGGACACAACUUCUGGAAUAAAAGGGAAUCAAGACGGAAUAUUUCCGUCAUGUGUCCUUAAAGGGUUAAUUGGCUGUCCUGACAUUUAGUAUGCAUAGUUUUCUAUAGCUUGACAUUUAAAUAUUGCUACAUUUUGUUAGAGGUAUAUUCAUUGACAUGCAACUUUGCAACCAAUAUUUUAAGGAAAGUUAUUUGAAGAAAAUCUCUUUAAGCCAUUUGAAACAAGCUGCUUCAAACGAUAUACACACUAUUCACUAAUACAUGAGAUUGGAAAAAAAAUAUACAUAAGCUCUAAAUGACAAGCUUGAAAAUAUAACUGGUAUAAGCCAACUUCAAAAGCCCCAGAAAGACAAGUUGUAAGCUUAUCAACUGCUAAGAAAAAGAUUUAAGGGACAUCCAUUCAGCACUGAAGAAAACAUAGUUGGUUCAAUAAAAAGUACAAGCCGCCGUUCAGAUAACUUCCCAUUCCCAAUCCAAUGGGAUCCAUGGUUAAGAUCAUAAGAACAAAAUACAUAACAUUAUAACUACAUUUUUUUUAUCUGCAAUUGCUGCUUGACCAGCACAGAAUACAUUUAAUUUUUUUUCCUAUCUACUAGUGAGUGUAUUUAUUGAUAUCGUUUUCUAAGUGAUGGGGUAUAUUCUGUUUUGUAUUUGUCCUGCUAUUGGUAUAUUGGAGAAAUGUUAAAAUACCAUUUUAUAUACAUUUACACUGCAUUAAACAUCUGGUGCACUUUCACAUAGCCACUUCAUUUUACAUUGAGAGUUUCCAUUUACAAUGUGGAACCAAAAAUAUAUUUCCCUACAUUAUAUCAGGCAUUUUAAACACUGUCUCUCCCAGAUUAUGCUGAACUGCAACUCACACAAAUUGCUGACUAUCUAUAGCAUUCAUUGACUUCUGGGAGUUGUAGGUCAUAAACAUCUGACAGGGGCACAGUUUGAGAUCAUUGGCUUACAUUAGCCAAAGGACCUAAGACUCCUAUUUCUCCCAUUCCCACAUCCAAUUUGUAAGUUCUUCCCUCCCACUCAUUCCUCUAUUUCCUAUGUUGUGGAAUGACAAGGCUGGAAUCUUCCAGGAGUGUUUACAGUCCCUCAGCCCAAAUAAAAACCAUAACAUCAGGAGACCAAGGACCACGGCAGGGGUCAUCAGUAUGCUUCAUGUUAUGUGGUGGUAUCUAAAACUCAUGCCACUAAUUGUUCUCAUUUCAAUAAUUAUAUGUCCUCCCUUGUUUUCAUGCUGUAAACAUGGGAAAAUCACGACUGAAUUGGGUUUUACUUAUACAAACUAACAAUUAUCUAAAAUCCUAUAGAUUGUUCUAUGAAUGACAUCUUUACAUCAAGCCUUGCUGUAGUACAUUUUUGUUAUUUCCCUUUUAUUGGAACAUUUUGUAUAUUCACCUAAUAAAUAGAGAUAUAGAGAAAAUUAAGUCAUAAUAUUUUACAAAGAUACUUAUUGGUCUUAACCAUAAUGUGUUUUAAAGAAAAUUAAUAAUUUAAACAAGCUUUCAUUUCAUAAAAAAAGUACUUUUUAUAUAUCCUUAUAAUAUGGUACCAAGAGAGAGAAUUUCCAGAACGUCCAGCGGUCUGACAUGCUGAGAUAGGAUAGCCAUUGUGUGCCGUGAUUCAGUAGAAUCAAUGCCAUUAAAAUGAACUUGCUCUCUGACUGCUGUACCUGUUUCAGACCAUUCUAAUCACAAUACUACAAGCUUUCUUCCAGUUGCUAGGGUCCACAAUAUUGUGAUUUGUCUUGAAAAUGGGUCCACCCAGCAUUAGGCAGUCUCAGCUAUCCCUCCUGAAGUAAUUGGGCAGAGUCAGGCUACUGUCCGUUCAUCUGAACACUCUGCAUUAUUUGAUGUGUUAUAGAGCCACCCAUUUAUUCAGACUGAUCAAUUGGCAUGUACGAGACAAGCAGAAACUGUGGAUAAAUUUAGAGCAAGCACAAACGAAGGGACGUCUCUCUAGCUAUGUUAUUUCUGGCAGAACCCCCGCAGGUUCGAGAACAUCCGUUUAUCAGUGCUACCUUAAAAGUAUGGUGCUCGGUCUGGAUAAAGCAGUAGCUCACAUCUAUCCCAUCACCUCUGACUCCUAUAAUCCACAACCCUAAUCUAGCAGGUGGACUCACACGUAAAGAUAUUGGUGGAUUUGGAAACUCAGAUUGGGUCUAUCUUCGGCAAUGGUGUUCCCGUGGAGAACUGAAACCUAUGAUUAUAUGUCAUGACAGGCCUCAGGAACAGGAGGAUAGGAGAUGUGUUUCCCCUCUCCCAUUUUUUAUUUUUUUCUUCCAGGUGGCCAUGCUUGGGUCAAUCUAGUAGUUGAAGUUCAUGAUUGAUCUUGUAC